AUGGUAAGAAGACCUACCCAUGGACACUUGAUCAUCUUCUGUGAGACAGAGAAGUUGCCUGAGGAAAGUGUCAACAUAGACUCCUGGUGUUUGUGCUGUUUCCUCAGUCAUGUCCAACUCUUUGUGGCCCCACAGACUGUAUUCUGCCAAGCUCUUCUGCCCAUGAAAUUUUCCAGGCAAAAAUCACUGAAGCCAUUUCCUUUUCCAGGAGAUCUUCUCAACCCAGGGAUUGAAUACAUGUCUCUUGUGUCUCUAGCAUUGGCAGGAAGAUUCUUUACCACUAACACCACCUGGGAAGCCCUGAUAGACUCCCGGGCUGUGGUCAAUGGCUUGGAUGGUUUGUCAAGGGCCUGGAAAAGCAAAAUCGGAAGCUGA